AUGAUGUCGGCUUCUCCUCCACCUCAUUCUCAUAGUCCACCAUCAAAUGGUGCAUCAACAUCAAAUAGUGGUGGUUCAUCGUCAGAUGCAUGCAAUGGAAUUGUUGCAAAUCUUUUAUGUCAUAGACAACGAACAAAUGGUGAAAGUGAAACAUUUGCAAAACGAGCUAUUGAAAGUUUGGUUAAAAAACUUAAAGAUAAAAAAGAUGAACUUGAUGCAUUAGUUGCAUCAGUUACAUCCAGCGGACAAAUUCCAACGAAAUGUGUAACUAUUCAACGAACACUCGAUGGACGAUUACAAGUUGCUGGUCGAAAAGGUUUUCCACAUGUUAUCUAUGCACGUAUAUGGCGUUGGCCUGAUUUACAUAAAAAUGAAUUGAAACAUUUAAAAAUCUGUCAUUUAGCAUUUGAUCUUAAACAAGAAUAUGUUUGUGUCAAUCCAUAUCAUUAUGAGCGUGUUGUUUCACCAGGAAUUGAUCUUGCAGGAAUGCCACUUGUACCUCGUUUUCAAUUACUUGGGCAUAAUGAUCCAUCUUCAUCAAAUGAUCGGGAUCUUUAUUCAACACCUGAUGGAUAUCAUUACAUAAAAGAUUAUAUAGACGAACAAAAUUCUCCACAGGCUAUAGGUAUUGUUCAACAUCAAGCACCAGAUACGACUAGUCCAAGUCCACCGCAUCAAUAUCCUACUAAUGGAAGUUCUGCUUCAACUAUUGGUAGUUUUCCACAAGAUGGAAAUGUACCUCUAUGGGCACAAUCAGCAUCAGCUACAGCUAGUUUAUGGCAACAACAUCCUAUUAUUCCUACGAGUACACCUUCACUUCAAUCGUUAACAUUAAUAAGUAAUUUUGGUGAAUAUUGGUGUAGUAUAGCUUAUUAUGAACGUGAUGUGCAAGUUGGUGAAACAUUUAAAGUACCAGAUACGUUUAAAGAAGUAACUGUUGAUGGUGGAACAGAUAUGGCUACUGUUGGAGAUCGAUUUUGUUUAGGUCCUUUAAGUAAUGUUCAUCGUACGGAAGCAAGUGAAAAAGCACGAUUACAUAUUGGUAAAGGUAUUCGUGUUGAAUGUCGAAAUGAAGGUGAUGUAUGGAUAAGAUGUAAUAGUGAUCAAGCAGUUUUUCUUCAAUCAUAUUAUCUUGAUCGUGAAGCUGGACGUGCACCAGGUGAUGCUGUUCAUAAAAUUUAUCCUCAAGCUUGCAUUAAAGUAUUUGAUUUACAUCAAUGUUUUUCUCAAAUGGAUCAACAUGUUAAAAUGGCUUUACAUGCUCGAAUGCAACAACAACUUCAUGGUCCAUCGUCAACAAGUUUAAGUGUUGAUGAUAUGCGACGUUUAUGUGUGUUAAGACUUAGUUUUGUUAAAGGAUGGGGUCCAGAUUAUCCUCGGCAAUCAAUAAAAGAAACACCCUGUUGGAUUGAAAUACAAAUUCAUCGUGCACUUCAAUUACUUGAUGAUUUAUUUAAUUCAAUGAAUCAUCAAUUAAGUUCAUCAUCUAUUCCAAGUAACAACAGUAGUUCAUCUAGUUUACUAACAACAACGAUUGAAAGUGCAUCUACACGUCCACCACAACAUGGUUAA